AAGAAACGGCCAUACGCCGGCGGGCACCGUCAUUCAAAUCAUCCGGAUCCCUUCAACGCCCUCCCUCGGUUCCCUCCCACAUCCAGGCCAUCCAUAUCUCCCCCCGCCCUUGCUCCGCUCCCCGCCGCUCAUUCGCUUUUUGCAUCCCGUGCCGCCACCACCUGCGCACCCAGCCUCAUCCCCUCGUGUUCGCCAAGCCCUCGGUUGCUAAGGGCCCCGCGCAUCCCCGCAGUGCGCCAAGCACCGCCCGGCAAUUCAUCCUUCACUCCUCUCUCUCCUCCUCCAUCCAUCACUCCAUCCACUCCAUCUCUUCUUCUUCAACAUCUUCCUUAUCACUCGCUCCAUUGAUAUCGUCUUCCACCUCCGCCUUUUGCUCCCUACACGAGACCCCGCCUCCGCCCCCCCCCCCCCCCCCCACUAUCACCAUGACCACCCCCAUGUCACAAACAGCGGCCUCUCCAGCCACUAUGCCAGACGCCACGACUCCCAAGGUCCACCUCCGUGUCCUUAUCAUCUCGGGGCAAUAUCACGUCUACUCGUUUGAGCCCGAGACGACUGUCGGCCGUGUUAAAGAACUCAUUUGGAGCAUGUGGCCUUCUGAAUGGACCGCACCAGCACAACCAACCGCCCCGUCAAGGCUCAAGGUUCUCUACUCUGGUCGAGUGCUCGCCGACGACUCCACGUUGCUUUCCAACAGCCUUCCAGUUUCGGCCUCGAACGAAAACCCAACAGUCGUCCACUUGAGUGUGCGCUCUUUCAGUAUCAACGAGGCAGAAGGUACGAACCUCAACCCGUAACAGCCAGCUGAUCUCAGACGACAAGAAGCACAGUGUCAUCAAGCGGACGGCCACCCGCUCGUCUAAUCGGCCAGCACACGCCGAGGAAGAAGUUGGCGGGUGCAAGUGUGUGAUCCAGUAAAUCAUGCCUCCACUUGGACUUCCUCCGGCAUCGUUUCCGCUCCGUUAUACCCCUCGUCGACGCCCCGCACAUUCCAU